UAAGUAGAGUUCAGAUGUCGGCCGGUGGGUUGUUGGUGUGUGUGUUAGCCGUGUUUCAGCUCGGCUCGCGGGCUCAGUACGCUCCUGAUGAGGUGACUCACCUGCCAGGUAUGUCGUUCAAACCCAACUACCGACAGUGGUCGGGAUACCUCCAGGCACGGCCCGGGAAGUUUCUCCAUUAUUGGUUUGUGACUUCUCAGAGGGACCCAGUUAAAGACCCUGUGGUGCUGUGGCUGAACGGAGGCCCAGGCUGCAGCUCGCUGGAUGGAUUCCUGUCAGAGAAUGGACCAUUUCAUGUAAAUGAUAACGGAGCCACACUGUAUGAGAACAAAUUCAGCUGGAACAAGAUUGCCAACGUGCUGUAUCUAGAAUCUCCUGCAGGAGUGGGAUAUUCCUACUCUGAUGACAAAAAAUAUGCCACCGAUGAUGACCAGGUCGCCGAUGAUAACUACAAAGCCCUGCAGAGUUUUUUCACCAAGUUCCCAAACUUCACUCAAAAUGAGUUCUUCAUCUUUGGGGAAAGUUAUGGUGGAAUUUAUGUACCAACCCUCAGCCUGCGCGUGGCUACUGGAUCUGCCAAAAUCAACUUCAAGGGCUUUUCAGUGGGAAACGGUCUCAGCAGCUUUGCUCUCAAUGACCAAAGUUUGAUCUACUUUGGCUACUACCACGGCCUCUUUGGGGAAGAUUUAUGGCGAGACCUGAACAUAAACUGCUGUGACAAAGGGAACUGUAACUUCUACAACUCCAGUUCAGACACAUGCAAGACCCUCGUGAACGUGGCCUUUGGCAUUGUGUAUAAUAGCGGACUUAAUGAAUAUGCCCUUUACUUGGAUUGUGAGGGUGGCAGAAGCGUCCACAGAGGCUACGAGAGGACCAUGAAUCACUUGUUUAUGAACUACAGGAAACUCCAGCACACCAAUAAGAUUUCAGGUGGAAUGCCCUUCUCUGUGUCUCUGGGUGAAGUCCCUCCCUGCAUCAACAGUACGGCUCAGAAGAACUGGCUGAACAGAGGCGAUGUGAAGAAAGCUUUACACAUUUCAGAUACACUGCCGCCAUGGGACAUCUGCAGUGACGACGUUGGAGCUCAAUACACCACCCUGUAUCCAACGGUGAAGGAGGUGUACCUGAAGCUGCUCUCACUGGGCCUGCGGGCGCUCGUCUACAACGGUGACACCGACAUGGCCUGCAACUUCCUGGGAGACCAGUGGUUUGUGGAAGACCUUGGCAUUAAGGCAACCAGUGCGUACCAGAUAUGGCAUCAUGAUGACCAGGUUGCUGGUUUCUACCAACAGUUUGGAAACAUCACUUUCCUGACAGUCAAGGGUGCAGGUCACAUGGUUCCUCAGUGGGCUCCUGGUCCCGCUCUCCACAUGUUCCAGUCUUUCAUAACAAAUGGUCCCUACUGAGCCAUGAUGGAGACAAAAAACCUGCACUCAUCAUUUUUUGGAUGGUACAUUUAUCUCAGGGAAGAUGAUUUUUGGGGAAAGGACUGUUAGGGAAUUAAUUCUUAUCAUCUGUAUUGUUAAUAAAGUAUGUGAAGUGUGUUGAAUAUUUGGAGAGAGGCAUUAUUUGUUGUUGGCUUUGCUCUGCAUCACGCUAAAUUUUAAAAUACAAAAAUUGAAGUACCAGCUUUGAGGACAUCAAUGUUGGGCAUGCAGGGACUAUUUUAUACACUCUCAUUUUAAAGGCCCAUGCCUAAUUGGAAACUUAUUUUUCGGAUUUCAAUAAGUAAACAGCCCCUGCUCAUUUGGAUUAUCUUUGGAUAUGAUUUGGCGUGUUAACAACGUUCUUUUUAGCCUUAAAUACUCCUUAGUGGCCUUGUCUUUUUUUAAAAAUCAUCCCACUGCAUAGUCCUCAAACUGUGGAACUACAUGAACAUAAAAACAAGGUAUAAGUCCUUUUUAAUUCACCCAAAAUAAAAGUGAAAACCCUGCAAAAAAGGUGGCCAGUUUCAAUUUAUGUCUGAUGUCCAAAAUUAAAAGCCAAAGGAGAUAUUGUUUUUUUCCAAAUACUUAAGAGGGUACUUAACAUGAUCAAAUGAAGUGGUUUUCUGUAGCACUGAUGUGAAGCUGAAACUUGGUGUUUUCAUUGUGUGUAAUACAAGGUGAUUGUUCUGAACUCAAGUGAAUCAAGAUACUCAAACUGUCUCGAUCAAAAUGUCAAUUUCACUUGUCUCUUUAUUAAAUGUUUUGAACUGCCAGUGACAAA